GCUGUGCUCCAGGAUUAGUAGACAGGGGCGAGCGGCCGGAGGAGAGAGUAUUGUGCAGUGCCAGGAUUGUGGGUGACGUGAAAGCGGGCCACAGGGACACCAUGGGUGAGUGCUUCCACAACCGCUCCGUCUGGUUUUUCUACAACAGCACAGGCAAGGAACUGAGUCCAACCUGGCGGACCAAGGAUAAGCUGGUGGUGUCACUGGGCCUGCUGGUCUGCGUUAUCAUUAUCCUGGCCAACCUGCUGGUCAUCGUGGCCAUCGCCAUCAAUCGCCGAUUCCACUUCCCCAUCUUCUACCUGUUGGCCAACCUCGCGGCUGCUGACCUCUUUUCUGGCGUGGCCUACAUGUUCCUCAUGUUCCACACCGGCCCACGUACCAUACAGCUCAGCGUGCGCACCUGGUUCUUCAGGCAGAGCCUUCUGGACAUCAGCCUGACUGCUUCAGUUGCCAACCUCCUGGCCAUUGCAGUGGAGCGCCACCAGACCAUCUUCCAGUUCCAGCUGCACAGCAAGAUGAGCAACCAACGCGUGAUUAUUCUCAUUGGCUGCAUCUGGUGCACGGCUGUUCUCAUUGGAUUUAUCCCGCACCUCGGCUGGAACUGUAUCUGCCGUUUGUCUACGUGCUCUCGGAUGGCACCGCUCUACAGCCAGAGCUACCUGAUUUUCUGGGCUGUCUCCAACCUGGUCAUCUUCGGCGCCAUGUUGCUCAACUACCUUCAUAUUUACUAUUACGUCAAGCAGAAAACCCAACGUAUGUCUCGCCACACGUCAUUCCAGCAACGCCACAAGGACACCAUGAUGAACCUCAUGAAGACCGUCGUGAUGGUUCUGAGUGCGUUUGUGAUCUGUUGGACCCCCGGCCUGGUGGUGUUGCUGCUCGAUGGGGUGGAUUGCCGGAGUUGUGACAUCCUGAAGGUGGAGAAGUACUUCCUGUUACUGGCUGAGCUGAACUCCCUGAUUAACCCCCUGAUCUACUCAUACCGUGAUGAAGAGAUGCUGCACACCUUCCGUCGGAUCCUCUGUUGGCCGUGUAAUCGCAGUGGUACCUUCCAGGAUCCCAUCAAAUCACACAUUCUCAUGCAGCAGAUGCUGACCUCCAACCAGCGGUCCUCAACCUCCCAGGAACACUCCACCUUGUAAACAUGGUGCCAGGGCAUCCCUUCUCCCUGCCUCUAAAAAUACCCCCAAUCCCAAAUACCCCUGAAUAUAGCCCAGGGCUUCUGUGUCGGGUUACACAGAAAGAUCCCAGGUGAAGUCAAGCCCUUUCAAAGAUCAACCUUUUGUUCUGAUCAGAAAAUCCCCACCCCAGAGUAUAGUGAGGGGGGUAACUGGUUGUGGGGGUUGCCAAGUCAUUGUCUUCUCUCCCGGAGGCUCAGGGAAUUCCUAGAGUGGGACCCUCCAUCUGAAAUGACUUGCUGAUCGAGGAGGAGGGGUCUGGGGCGUUUUAAUGCAGGCCGCAAGAUGCCCUGUCGGGCAUUUACUAACCACCUCUUUUCAGUAUAUCCACUCCCACUCCUUCCUGUCCCCAGGAAGAAUCCAU